GCAGCUAUUACACUGCGAGCUGGACAACAUAGAGAAGGCUCCGGGCGCCCUCUGCCGGCCGCUCCGGGUAUUGCGCCCCCCGCUGCAGACUGCGGGGACCGCGGGAUUGAGAGUGGACCCGGAGCCCGGCAGCAUGAACCCGGGGAGCCGCUCCCAUCCGUCCCCGGAGCACGAUAGCGCCAAGCCGGGGGUCACCCGCCCCCACCUGUCCUCGGAGCCAGGCAGCUCGAAGCCCGCCGCCCGCACUGAUCCUUCCCCGGAGGCCGGCGGUGGUGGCGGCUCCAGCCCAUCGGACCGAUUCGGGGUGCUGAGCACCGAGCAGCUCCGGCAGCUGCUGCAGGACGAGGGAAAACUGCAGCGCAUCGUCCGCCUGAGCGAGCAGGUGCAGUCCCUCCAAGAGGAGAGAAAAACGUCUUUGGCCUCUAACUUUGAGCUUGCUCAGAAAAACUUGUCCCUUCGCCCACGUCUGGAGACGGGAAAAGCCAACCUGGCAAUUAAGUACCAGCUGUUGCGCGAGACAUGUGCAUCUUGUCGUGGGAAACUACGAAAAAUCCAGUGCCUCUUGCAGAAAUGUAAUCCCCAUGUUGCACUGAGCCACCUGCAGGAGGAGCUGCAGAGCACCGAGGCAGAAUGUGAGGCCCUCUCUCAGCUGUUCCUGGAGGGCUCCCUCCCUCUCCUUGUUUUCCUGGAUUCUUACCAUUUGCUACGGGCUCAAUGUCACAUCCGCAGGAUCCAGAAUGAGAAGCUGCUCGAGCUUCUGGGAGAGACUCUUGAACAGGACACAUCCCCCCAAAACCAAGAACUGCCUCCUGACCGGGAUAUGCCCCCUCAACAACCCACCAAACUACCCUCUGACCAGAACCUGGCCCCAAAGCUUCAGGAACUUCCCCCACAAUCAAGAAAACUGCCCCAUAAGCAGGCCUUGCCUGUCCCUCAAUCCACCAAAAUGCCCCCAAAUCGGGAUCCUCAAAUGAAGCCUCGUGAUGUGGCACCUGGGGGCAAACAGCCUUCCCGACCUCGAGAACUGCCCAUCCAAACCAGCAAAAUGCCCCCUGAAAGGAAACUGCCUUCCAACCCCAAGGAGAAACCCCACAAUCCCAGAGAUCAAACCCCUCAGGCCAGUGCUCAACCAAUCCCAUCCCCUGCUGCUCCUUCACAGAUGCCCCCUGCUGUAUUUCGCCUGCCUCCUCUGCCAUGUGGGAUGGCACCUGCAUUGUUGAUCCCCGCAGAGGUGCUGUCUCCUUUUCAGGGUCCGAAUGCCCAGUCCCCAGGAUGUGUCCCGCCUCUGGGGCGCAACAACGGUCAACAACAGCAGCCACCACGGGCUCCUCUUCGAUUCAUUGCUCGAAUCUACUUCCUGAGCACUCGGCACCUAAGGGUGCUGUCCAGAGCCCAGCGGCAGCAGCAGCAGCAACACCCUCCGAAGCGAUAAGUGAGGAGCUGCAGGUGGACAAGGGAGUGGGGAAAUUUAUGGGACGGGGGACAGGGUAGUUGUCUGUGAGUCUGCGUAUGACUGUGUGGGUCUUUGCAGACAUUGUUUCUUUGUCAAGGCCGGAUGUUUGGUUAUUUUCAAUCUAUGAAUGGAGUGUGUAUGUGUAGGCUGGUUCCAAGUGAGCUUCUUGGGUGACUGAAACAAAUGAGGGCAGUGUGUGUGACUGUGAAUGCAAUGUGUACUCCGUACUUCCCCUUCUGGUUGUUUACUAUCCGUUAAUAAAUGCAGCGUAGUUGUGCAGAGUCCCUGUGUAUGCUACACCUGUCUGUGGCCUGAGAGUGAAUGGGUUAAGCAGGACGGGUGAUGUCUGCAUUAAGAGAUGGUGCUGCAUACAGGUAUGGAUGCUGUACAGUCCAGGGUGUCAGGAUCAAGCGUGACUGUUGUAUGUGGAUAAAUAUUACAUUUGUUCUCAUUUAUUCAAGUGGUUAUGAUUGCUAUUUAUAUCAAAGUGGCCCUGACAUAUAGAGAACUUGGGGGGCCACAAACAAAAAAAAAAAAAAGAAUUUAUAAAUUGGAUUAUUCCAGUUAUUAAGAAACAAAUAGACUGAAAGUUAUCGUGCAUCCUUAUCAAGUGCCCUCUCUCUGUAAGGUUUCCUGCGGAGAAUGUAAUCAAGAAUCGUGGCACAAUUGUGUCUAUACAUGACUCUCCACCUGGUGGCUUAUUGAGGUCACCACAGAUACUAUAACAGUAGUAAGCUCAAGAUAAUGCUGUAAGAAUGCUUUAUAAUGUGAUUCUUUUUACAGCAGGUUUCUGAAAUUAUAUUGCAUAAUAGUUGCAAAAAAAAAAAAAAAUACUGUAUUUUUUAUUUAUUUCUGUUUAUUAUUGUCAGUGAUAUUGUGGUUUGUUGCACCUUUUUUAUGCAUAAUGUCUACCCUAUCUGUGUCUAUUGAACAUGGUGGGGGAUACCAGAUGUUCUUUAGUUAUACAGACUUUCCCUUUUCAAAUGCUUCUUGUAGGUCAUGAAUUUGCAUAUUCUUCAUUUGAUUUAUUUGGGAAGUCACUGACUCACAAGAUCAGGUGUUAGCCCGAACCUUGAAAGUAAUGUCACCCAAAUCUGAAAUUUUACAAUCUUUCGCCUGAAACUUAUCAAGCUGCCGAUACUUGAUCGGUGCAGCUAUUGCAUUUAUACCAUUGGAGGGGAUAGGGGGAGGGGCAUUGACAACACUGAUGUUAGUCUGCAAAAAGUCCCAUUUUACUAGAAGAAGGACCGGAUGGAUUAUUAUACCAUUGGACCAAAGAUAAGCAACGUCUAUAUAUUUUUUUCCUUUGUUUAGAAAACGACAUUGUUCAUAAUCACAAUAAAUGGUUACAUUUUGUGCACUGAAAACAUAUCAACUAAUGUGAGUGAUGAGUUAAUUUCCUAGUGCAAUUCUCAAUAGAUUUAUUUAGUAUUCAGAAAUAUGCUGGGAUCAUACAGAUCUUAAACUAGCAACUUUUUAUAUUAAAUGCUAUUUCCUCUCCUCUUCUUUCUUGUUAAUGCUAUUGAUUUAAUAGAUUGUUCUUAUAUAUAUUUAUAGGGGUAUUCCGGUUUCAGCAAAUAAAUGUUGUUUUUUUUUUUUUUGUUUUUUUUAUAAAAUGAAAAGUUAUACAAUUUUCUGAUUCACUUUCUUCAUCAAUUCCUCAUGCCUUUCAGGUCCUUUUUUGCAGUCAUAUAGUUUCAUUGUUUAUGAUAAAGGGAUAAUGAUAUGUCCCGAUGGCCGUAUGGCUUGUUACUGUCAGGAUCCGGGUACUGAGAGGAUACUGGUGGUGGAUCCUCUGUGUCAGUGGGGUAAUGACGUGGGCCGUACCAGGGGAACGGAGUCCAAGGGGUUACUGGUAUUCACCAGAGCCCGCCGCAAAGUGGGAUGGACUUGCUGCGGCAGGUAACCCCCAGGUCGUUCUACCCGAUAGCGACUCAACCCCGACUGACUGCUGAGAUAGGCGCGGUACAAGGGAUUAGGCAAGAGCAAGGUCGGACAUAGCAGAAGGUCAGGGCAGGCAGCAAGGAUCAUAGUCAGGGGCAACGGCAGGAGGUCUGGAACACUGGCUUGGGACAUACAAGGAACGCUUUCACUGGCACAAUGGCAACAAGAUCCGGCAAUACAGGGAAGGGGAAGUGAGGUAAUAUAGACCAGUGCACAGGUGAAAUUACUAAUUUGGGCCAGGUGCCAAUCAGCGGCGCUCUGGCCCUUUAAAUCGCAGAGAGCCAGUGCGUGCGCGCCCUAGGGAGCGGGACCGCGCGCGCCGGGACUGAACAGACGGAGGACAGGUCCGGUAAGCAGGCUGGAAUGCGAACCGCGAGCGGGCGCGUCCCGCAUCGCGGGUCUAAUCCCUGCUAGAGACACUUUCGUAGCGCUCCCGGUCAGCGGGUCUGACUGGGGCGCUGCAAGCAGGUAAACGCUGCGAGCGCUCCGGGGAGGAGCGGGGACCCGGAGCGCUUGGCGUAACAGUUACUAGAUAACCGUACUGUAAAUAGCAAUGCAGCUAUAUGUCCGUCACAUGAUCUGCACAGAUUAUUAUCCACUGGAAGUAAUCAAUGAAGGAUCCAAUUCUAUGACGGUAAAAAGAUCUUGAAUAGCUGAAGAAUUGAUCCAGAAAGUAUACACAAUGAAUAACCUUUAUUUACUUAAAGGGUAUUAAUCGUACAAAUAAAUUCUCUAUAAAAGACACUGCAUUUUUAAUCAAAAUUAUUCACUUUUUUUUAGGCACGGUUGUUAGUUUUACUAUGUUUUUCAAACAUUUCCUCAAAAGUUCAUUUUAUAUUUGUGGCAUCUUGUGCUUUGUAUAGGGCAUCUUUUACCAGACAUAAUUAAAGUAAAUGUCCAGGGAUUAAAAACAAAAUGUAUAUAUGGUUCAGGGCGAUAUACAUUGCCUUGCAUAAAUAUUCACCCCUUUUGGACUGUUACAAACUGAAAUAUUAAUAGACUUUUACAAUACGAUCAACACAACCUGCAUGGUGCUUUGAAAGUGCAAAAUACUUUGUGGACCCACCUUUUGCUGCAAUUACAGGUGCUAGUCUUUUGGGGUAUGUCUCAACCAGCUUUGCACAUCUAGAGAUGGAAAUGUUUGUACAUUCUUCUUGGCGAAAAAAAAGCUGAAGCUCAGUCAGACUGAAUGGAAAUCGUCUGUGAACAACAAUUUUCAAGUCUUGCCAUAGAUUCUCAAUUGGAUUUAGGUCUGGGAUUUGACUGAGCCAUUUUCACACAAUAACAUGCACUUAGAUCUAAACCAUUCCAUUGUAGCUCUGGCUGUAUGUUUAGGGACAUUUGGGGAGAUUUAUUUAAACUUGUACAGAGGAAAAGUGGAGCAGUUGCCCAUAGCAACCAAUCAGAUUGCUUCUUUCAUUUAACCUCUUAAGGAUGAAGGGCGUACUUGUAUGCCCUGUGCCUGCUCCCGUGCUUUAACGCAGGAUUAUGCGGUGACCCCGCGUCAUAGCAGGUCGGUCCCAGCGGCUAAUGAUAGCCGGGACCCGUGUCUUAUACCGGACAUCACCAAUCGCUGUAGAGGAUGCAAGGAGAGUCCCUACCUGCCUCCUCGUUGUCCGAUCGCCAUUUCACUGCUCCGUGCCCAGAGUUAGUGGCAGAUCAAGGAAGGAGCAGUGGAGCGCCGAUAACACUGAUCAAUGCUAUGCUAUGGCAUAGCAUUGAUCAGUGUCUGCAAUCAAGGUAUGGGGGCUAUAACAUUGCAAAAAAAAAAAAGUCUAAAAAAAAAAAAAGUUAAUAAAUGUAAUUUACCCCCUUUCCUAAUAAAAGUUUGAAUCACAUUUAAAAAAAAUAAAAAUAAAGUAAAUAGAAAUAAAUAUAAAAAUAUGUGGUAUCGCCGCGUGUGUAAAUGUCCGAACUAUAAAAAUAUAUAAUUAGUUAAACCCCACGGUCAAUGGCGUACAUGUAAAUAAGAUUCCAAAGUCCAAAAUAGCGUAUUUUUUGGUCACUUUUUAUACCAUAAAAAUUUAAAACAAAAAUGAUACAGAUAAAAACGUCAGAUCACGAUGCAAAAAAUUUGCCCUCAAACUGCCCCGUAUGCAGAAAAAUAAAAAAGUUAUAAGGGUCAGAAGAGGAUAUUUUUAAACGUGUUAAUUUUCAUGCAUGUAGUUAUGAUUUUUACCAGAAGUUAAACAAAAUCAAACCUAUAUAAGUAGGGUAUCAUUUUAAUUGUAUGGACCUUCAGAAUAAAGAGAUUGUGUCAUUUUUACCAAAAAAUGCACUGCAUAGAAACGGAAGCCCCCAAAAGUUACAAAAUGGUGUUACAAUAUCAUUACAAAGUAGAAUUGGUGGCACAAAAAACAAGCCAUCAUAUGGGUCUGUAGGUGCAAAAUUGAAAGGGUUAUGGUUUUUAAAAGGUAAGGAGGAAAAAACAAAAGUGCAAAAGUCCUCAAGGGCUUAAAAACCAAACAAAACUCUAAAAAAGGAGCUAAUUGGUUGCUUUAGGUAAUUGCUCCACUUUUAUCCCAGCACAGGUUUUGAUAAAUCUCUCCCAAGGAUUGUCCUGCUGAAAGAUGAACCUGUGUCCCAGUCUCAAGUCUUUUGCAGACUGCAUCAGAUAUUCUGCAAGGAUUGCCCUGUAUUUGGCUCUAUCAAUCUUCCCAUCAAUUCUGACCAGUUUCCCCUGCACCUGCUGAAGAGAAGCAUCCCCACAGCAUGGUGCUACCACCGCCAUGUUUCACUAUGAGGAUGGUGUGCUCAGGGUGAUGGGCAGUGUUAUGCUUUGCACUGAGGCUAAAAAGUUACAUUUUGGUCCCAUAUGACCAACGCACCUUCCACAUGUUUGCUGUGUCUCCCACAUGACCUGUGGCAAGCUCAAAAUAGGAUUUCUUAUGGCUAACUUUCGACAACAGCUUUCCUCUUGCCACUCUUUCUUAAAGACCAGAUUUGUGCAGUACAUGCCUUACAUGAUCUUUGCAACUCCCCCAGAGUCACCAUGGGCAUUUUGAUUGCUUUUCUGGUAAAUUUUCUCCUUGCCUGGCUCAGUUUGGGUGGACAGCCUUGUCUUGGUAGGUUUGUGGUUGUGCCAUUUUCUGAUGUUGGAUAUUAUGGUGCUUCAUGAGAUAUUUUAUAUAACCUGAUCCUGCUUUCUACUUCUCCACAACUUUAUCUCUUAACCUGUUUGGUAAGGUCCUUGGUUUUCAUGUGGCUGUUUGUUUAGUAUUGCUCUCUAACAAACUCUGUGGCCUUCACAGAACAGAUGUAUUUGAAUUUAGAUUUAAUUGAAGACAGCUCAACCCUAUUUACCAAUUAUGUCACUUAUGAAGACAGUUGGUUGCACCAGAUUCUUGUUAGGGGUUUCACAGUAAAGGGGGUGAAAAAAUAUGCACUCAACCCUUUUUCAGAUUUUUAUUUGUAAAUAUUUUUGCAAUCCAAUAUUUCAAAAUGAUGGACUGUUUUGUGUUGGUUCAUUACAUAAGAUGGCAAUAAAAUAAAUUUGAAUCUGUGGUUAUACCAUGA